AUGCCGUACCGUUUUCCCCGAUCAAACGGGCAAGGGGCAGGUGCUGCUGGACCUAGCCAAGUGUCAGAUGGAGGACUAACGAGUUCGUGCUCAUGCUGGCCUCCCCUCGAACCUCCCUCCACCUUACUCAACCACUCCACAACCCCUCCCUGUUCUCGCACAUCUCAAACGCGCAAGCGGCAGGUGCUGCUGGACCUAGCCAAGUGUCACAAGGAGACCAACGAGUUUGUGUCGGUGCUGCCUUACCCUCAACCGCUCUCAACCUCCGUUCCUACCAUUCGUCACACAAAGAAGACGAACUCCCCUUUCCCUCCAACCUCGCUCAACCUCACUCCACCACUCCACACCCCCUUUCUGCUCCGGGCAGAUGCUGUAGAGUGCCACAUGGAGACCAAUAUGCGCAAGGAGCACAUGCUGCUGGAUCUAGCCAAGUGCCAGAUGGAGACCAGCGAGUUCGAUGCUGCCUUUUCCUCAACCACUCUCAACCACUCCACAACCCCCCCCUCCCUUUCUUAUCAGAGGCGCAAGGAGCAGAUGCUGCUGGACCUCGCCAAGUGCCAGAUGGAGACCAGCGAGUUUGAUGCUGCGUUCCAAUCAACCUCUCUCAACCUCCCUCAACCUCUCUCCUUACCACGUGCCAUACUCCUUGUUCCCCCCCUAUCAGAGGCGCAAGGGGCAGAUGCUACUAGACCUAGCCAAGUGCCAAAUGGAGACCAACGAGUUCGACGCUGCCUUCCAAACGCUGCAAACUGUGGUGUGGUGAACCUAGAGUACUCCCACUGGCUCUCUGCCGCCCAGAAGGACCUCCUGCAGCUGCCCUCCACCUCGCAUACCCACCACGGCUUCAAUUCAGACAUGGAUGGAAUGGAUGAUGGGGAGAGGGACAAUCAUGGGCGGAUGGAUGGAGCGACGGAUGGGGGCAUGCAUGGGGAUAUGGAUCUAUCCCGGGAAGCGGCUUCUUUCCUCCUGCGCACACUGCAAGCCGACCCCCUCUGCAUCCCGGCCCUUAGUGCCACUAGUGCAGCUCCUCCUAUGUCCCAUUCUCCCCACCUACCCUACCACGCCGCACUCCGCCUCCCUCAAGCUCUCGGAGGACGUGUUUUGAGUCGAGUCUCCCGGGGAAGCAGCAUCCGCACACUGCAAGCCGAUCCCCUUUGCAUCCCAUCCCUCGUGCCUCUAGUUCAGGGCCCCAGAGGAGUGGGAGUGGCCCUUGACAUUCUUCACCGCUCGUGCCUGCCUGCCCUGUCACUGAUAUCUCACUGUCUCUCGCCCCACUCCCUUGCUGCUGAUUCUCGUAUCCGCGUGCUGUCUCUGGGUCUACAAGGCACAUGUGGCCCGUCUCUCCGCAUGGCCAUUCUAGCACUGCAUCUGAACGCGCUUGCUACCACCAGAGAGUCCCUGCCUGCUUGCCUGGUGGGGGGGCUGGCUGGGAGGGAUGGAGGGAGUCAUUGCCACGCUCACAUUCGUUCUCUCACCCCCGCCCCCGUCCCAUUCCCCUGUGUGCAGGCACGUGCGGCCGUCUCUCUCCUCAUGGCCAUUCUAGCACUGCAUGUGGACGCGCUUGCUGCCAGCAGCAGCACCAGAGUCCUUGAUCUCGCCUGCCUGAUGGGGGCUUGCAUCUGGACGCCCUCGGUGCCACCACCAGCAGUGCACUGUCUGCUUGGUGGGGACUGGCUGCUUGGUGGGGACUGGGCAGGGAUCAUAAAGGCUGUGUGGCUCUCAGCCUUUGCUGGUGCGGCUGGGAGAGGGGCAGCAGUAGUGGCAGCUGUAGUAGGGGAGAGAGAUGGGGGAAGGAGAGGGGAAGGUGCAGCGAGAAAAGAAGCAGCAGCGAAGGAAGCGAGGGCCAGGAAAGUGGUGCUGCAGGUGUGGUGGGAGAGGAGGGAGUGGUGGAAAGCGGUGCAGUUCGGCAUCGGGCAUGUGAAGAGGCAGUUGAGGCUCAUUGAUCGGCUGCAAGGUGGGUGA